UUCAUAACAAAAAAAAAAGCGACAAAAUCAUCCAACCGAUCAUCCAAAAAAAUCCCCAAUUUCAUCACCCCAAUCCUUAACCCUAACAAAACAUAUAUAUAUUCAAAAAUCCCCAAAUUCCAACCAAAAUUAGGGUUUUACGGAGCAAUCUAAUUACAAAUCACACACAUACAAAUCAUGGGGCGUAUAUCUAUAGAAUCAGCGAAAACAGUAUUGGAAGUCGCUGAGGUGGCAUUCAAAGCCGUCGAAUUUUCGAAUCACCAUCACCUCCCUCAUCCUCGCAAAUCAGACCCAAAAUCUCAACAAGAAGCAGAAGUGGAAGAAUUGAGGAUGGAGAAUGAACGUCUUAGAGAUUUACUCCAACAGAAUCUUAAACUUCUUCAGAACAUUUCUGACUCUCCUUGCUUAUUAAAUGAUUGCCCCCCUGAUCUGCACGCUCGCAUUAUGGAUACUGUGGAAUCUCCAAAGUUCUUGAGCCAGCUCAAGACCUUCAGUAACGAUUCGGUUGAUGGAAUUCCUGCAAUGGAUUUUAAUGUGGAUGAAAUUCUAAUCAAUGUUGGUGGUAAAGAACCAAGUAUGUGGAUUUGGGUUUCUGAAGAAAUGGUACAUGGUAAAGCUGAAGAGAAAAGUGAGAUUGAUAAUGAAAAUUAUGUAGUUAUUAACGAGGAACAGGUGGUCGACGGCAUUGCCAACUUUAUGGCUAGAUGUGUUCUGUUAAACCCAAAAGCUAAGAAUCUGACACCUGAAGAAAUGCAGAAGAAGCUGACCAAGGCAUUGGCUGGCAUGAGCAAGUUUGAGAAGGUGAUGGAAAUCUGGCAUUGUGGGCAGCUUUUCUAUUUGAUGGCUACCUGGGGACUUGCUCUAGCAGGGUUGUACCAGAGUCGCGCAUUGUUGAGGGUUGCUGCUAGGGGAGUCCAUGCAACAAGCAAAGUUGCUAUGAGGGCUCUUUAAGUUGUGAAUGCGGGAUGCCCUCUUUGACAUAAAGUGUAAAUAGUAUGAUGUAUGCAACAGCACUGUAUCUCUGCAAUUUGAAGAAUUCUUUAUCAGUCUCAUUUUCAUUUCCAUUUCCAUCAUUGUAAGAUUGAUGACAUUGUAAAUAUGUCUUCUCAGUGUGUCUUAUUUACUUAGCGCCAAAAAUGGCAUUGUAUAUA